AUGGCUUUAGUAGACAAGAGGCUUCAGAACUUGCAGAUCUACCGAGUUCUCCAGUGUGUUCGCAACAAAGACAAGAAGCAGAUAGAGAAGCUUACCAAACUUGGGUACCCUGAGCUAAUCAAUUUCACAGACCCUGUUGAUGGACUUAGCGCCCUUCACUUAGCCUCGGUUUCCAACGAUAUUGACAUGGUCAGCUUUCUCCUUGGACUCGGUGCUCACCCUGAUGUGCAAGACCGAAUGGGCUGUACUCCAACCAUGAGGGCUGCAGAGCUGGGCCAUGAAUUGUCAAUGGAAAUACUAGCCAAAGCCAAAGCCAAUAUGACUAUAGUUGAUAAUGAAGGAAAAGGUGUUUUGUUUUACUGCAUUUUACCCACUAAGCGGCAUUAUCGCUGUUCUCUGAUUGCCUUGGAUCAUGGUGCAGAUGUCAACAACAUUUCUUAUGAAGGAAAGCCAGUAUUCCUUAGCGUUUGUGAAGAAGCACAUGACGUGAAGGAUAUAUGUAUGGCGUUUUUGGAGAAAGGAGCCAAUCCAAAUGCUAUCAACUCAUCCACAGGGCGCACCGCUUUGAUGGAGGCAUCAAGAGAAGGGGUGCUGGAAGUAGUUCGAGGAAUAUUGGAAAGAGGGGGUGAAGUGAACACGUUCGACAACGAUAGACAUCAUGCUGCUCAUUUUGCUGCCAAAGGGGGCUUUUUUGAUAUAUUGAAGCUUCUCUUUGCCUACGGUGCAGACAUGGGGUUGAUUGGGAUGAAUGGGAACACGCCGCUUCAUUAUGCUGCCAUGGGUGGCUUUGCAGAUUGCUGUAAAUACAUAGCUCAGCGAGGAUGUGACCUGAAAUGGAAGAAUUUGGAGCAUAAAACACCCCGGGCUUUGGCGAAGGAAGGUGGCUUUAAGGCUGCCGACAAAGAAAUACGCAGAGCAGAGAGAAUUGCAAAUAAACUCUCCAAGCCAGGAGCCAAAAAUCCUAACCCGCUCUGGGCCCUGAGGCUGCACGACUGGUCUGCAGAGCAUGAGGCGUUCCUUCGAGAAGCCUUCUCCUUUGUGGACCCGGGCGACGGCACAGUCACCAAGGAUGACUUUGUGAUGAUCCUGGAGGAGAAGCAAGACUUUGUCAGCUUGGAGCAGCUGUUCUCCAUCGCUCAAAUGCACGAAAAAUCACGGGGAGGCAGGAUCAACAUCAACGAGUUCUUCAAAGGAACCAAAUACUUACACAGAUCUUUUGUCUUGGGCUCUUACGGUCCUAAGAAAAAGAGAAAGGGUUUGGGCAAAAAGGGAAAGAAAGGCCAGUUUGUUCUGCCCUUUCCCAUCUGCAGCAUCCCCGAGAACGCAUUCCCACGGCGGCCUGAUGGGGGCCCGCCCUUCUACAUGGUCGAGACCUACCAGAAUGUGACCGACUGCAGCAGGUUCAACCGGGACCACCCUCCUGAGCAUCCCAUUCAGGAUGAUUCCAAGUGGUAUAUCGAUCAUCCAGGGAAGUUCUUUGCCAAUAUAAACUUUAUCACCAAGGCGGGAGACCUGGCAUCUCUGAAAAAGGCUUUUGAGGGAGGAAUACCUGUGGAUAUGAAGGAUAGUUCUUACAAGACACCCCUCAUGACGGCAUGUGCCAGUGGCAACAUAGAUGUGGUCAAGUUUCUUCUUGAAAAGGGGGCCAAUGUUAAUGCGACAGAUAAUUUUCUGUGGACUCCGCUUCAUUUUGCGUGCCACACGGGCCAGCAAGACAUUGUUGAACUUCUCGUUAAAUAUGGAGCAGAGAUAGAUGCAGUGUCAAUCAACAACUCCACGCCUUUAAGUAGAGCCAUUGAAAGCUGUAGACUAGACACUGUGAAAUAUCUACUUGAUAUUGGUGCUAAAUUCCAGAUGGAAAAUAGAAAAGGGCACAGUGCCAUGGAUGUUGCAAAGGCGUAUGCUGAUUAUAGAAUAACUGAUAUGAUUAAAGAAAAGCUAGAUAACUUGCCUAAACCAACAGAUCCAAAACUAAAAGGCAAACUUCCCAAACUGAAGACUGAAGGCACUGAAAGGAGAAAAGAAGAGGAAACACUAUCAUCAAUUUAUGCUGUACCCCCCAUGAUGGAAGAAAAGAAACUACACAAGGAUAAUGUGGUUUCUCUUAAUGCUCUGAUUACCAGUGGUUAUACCAAGAAAGAAGAUACCACAUUUACUCCACAAAGGAUUUGGAAUCCCGAAGCCACAACAGCAGAGCUGAUCAGGAAGAGGGAACUGAGACGGGAGAAGUUCACUUACGAGGUGGACUUUGAAGACUUCAUGAUGCCGUUUCAAAAGAACAUCACCAAGAAAGCUCGAGCAUUGGAGGCAGCCUUCAGGAACUGA